AUGGACAGAUGGAAGUUGAUGAAGAGGAUAAAAAAGAAUCUGAACGAUGCGGGACAGAUGCGGCAUUUAUAUCCGUCGCAGUAUUUCGAUACUUUAAACCGAUCAACUUCACUUCUGGCUUGUCUGUCCUACACUGACUUCAUUGUGCCGGCUCUUGAUGUGGAGUGUCCAAUGACAGUACAUCAUAUGUAUCUCGUGCCUCUUGAGUUGGAUAUGAGUAAAACAGGCAAUUUUGAUUCAUCAGACGAACACGACGGCCAGAGCUACAAGAGCAAUCAUUGGUUCCCUGAGAGCAGGAUGUAUUGCAGCUGCAACUCAACCGACAAUAAGCGUGACAAUCCUGGACACGUUGAAGGUGAAUCGAGUAUCCUAGUAUUAGAUUGA